AUGCUAUCUCCAAUAUCUAUUCAUUCCUAUCUAUCUAUCUAUGUUCAUUUCAGUCUAUCUUACUAUAUCUAUCUCUCUCCCUAUAUCUAUAUAUAUGGCUAUCUAUUUAGCACAGUUUGUUCAUUUCUAUCUAUCUAUCUAUCUAUCUAUCUAUCUAUCUAUCUAUCUAUGUUCAUUUCAGUCUAUCUUACUAUAUCUAUCUCUCUCCCUAUAUCUAUAUAUAUGGCUAUCUAUUUAGCACAUAUCCUAGCAACGUGGGAUUCGACUAGCUCUAUCUAUCUAUCUAUCUAUCUAUCUAUCUAUCUAUCUAUCUAUCUAUCUAUCUAUCUUAUUAUUAUUUUUUUAUUUACUACUUUUCAUUCAAUACCAGACCCAAAAGCCACUCAGGGUCGAGGUGUAACAAAUGAUGCUCUUGCCAAUGAUAAAAGCAACAGAAUUUCUCCUUCACUCUGA